GACAUCGCGAGCAUUUGAGUAGUAAUCAAUCAUCAAUGCAUUCCACAUGACAAUUUGGAUGCGGCUCCGUGUUUCAGCAUCUAAUUCUAUCCCGGUUGUAUAGCUGUCUCGGGCAAUUAACCCAUGUAUCGUCUUAAGUCUUCGGGCGUCUUCCCGUGAAGAGAUCAAAUGGUAAUCGAUCUCAAUCAAGGGUCCCAGUUUAGAUAAAUCCAAUCCAACCAAUUACAUCCACUCUAGAAAUCUCAAGGGACGGACCUUCCCCCACUAGCUUAAACGAGCCUAAGAUCAACCCUGCAAGAAAAAAGUUAAGCUCUUCGAAAGUUAAUUUUUACCACCCCAUCUCGAAUCCGCGACAAGACACAGAUCGAAGAAGAGCAAGAUCUAUACGUCUCAAUCUCAAACAGCAGCCUCAAACCAGGAACCAAUCCUCCGCAACCCGCCCCUCCGAGCGCCCCGUCCUCCCAUCAGCAGCCAUGGCGUCUCCACAACCCCCUCCACAACCCGCCGCGCCACCACAACCGCAACCGCAAUCGCCGCAAGCAGACCAAUACAACAACAGCAACCCGUACAUCCACAACAUCGCGCUCGGCGUAACCCCGAUCGCGCUCUUCGCGCUCUUCCUCCCGCCGCGGCGAAUGGACCUGCGCUUCGUGAUCCUCGGGGGCGUGACGCUAUGGGGCACGAACCAGCUCGUGCACGACUACACAGGGACAUCGACACUACACCGGUUCACGCAGCGCAUCGCGGUACUCACCGGAACCGAGCUGUCCGAGAAAGCGAAAGAGACACAAAUGCGCUUGCGACUCGAGCGUGCGCAGAGGAAACUGCGGGAAAUACGGGAGGCGGAGGUUCCGGCGGAACAGAGGAGGUUGGUGGAGCAGCAGCGGCAGAGGAAGGAGGAGGAGGAGAGGGGGUUGUUGAAGCGUGUGUGGAUGGGGGAUAGUCCGGACGAUUGGAAGGAGAAGCGCGAUCGCAAGGAGAAGGAGGCGCUGAGGGAGGGCGGAGGCGGGUAUUGGGGACUUAUCGUAGAUCAGAUUUCUGAAGUGUGGAGUGGGGGGAAGAAGAAGGAUGAGGAGGAGAAAACGACGGAAAAGGGGAGUGCGGAGGACAAGUCGAAGAAAUCUUGACAUAGCCGACUGUGGAGCUGAGGAAGCGGGUAUGAUAUAUGGGCUGUAUAUUACGAUAGCGCGACUUGCGUAUACAUUGGAGCAUAUUGGGCGGAAUGGAGUUCAUCGGUUUAGGCAUAUGUGUCGUGCGGUGUGGUCUACAGCCACUCAGUACCCAUCUCUACAAAAAAG